UGGCGACCUCAAUCUCCGGGCUGAAACGACCGGUUGUUCUCAGUUUUCCCCUCUGACCUGCUACCCCGGGCAUUGUUUUCUGUUCUCCAGGGUCGUAGGUGGCAGGCGAAGAACGCCUGGGUUCUGGCUGCUCGCCAGGCCCGCGACCUUCGGCCCUGAGGCCACUUGGGAGGCCGCGCCUCCUGGACGGGAGGAGAGGACGCCUGGUUCCCCUGGCUGCUAGCCUCCGCCGGUGGUGGCUCCGCUAUGGGCUCGCGCAGUUCCCACGUUGCGCUCAUUCCCGACGUGGACCACAUCCUUAGAGAGACCGGCUUCUCGCAAGCCAGCCUGCUCCGCCUCUACCACCGCUUCCAAGCCCUGGACAGGGAGGAAAAGGGCUUCUUGAGCCGCCUAGACCUCCAGCAGAUCGGGGCGCUGGCUGUGAACCCCUUGGGGGACCGCAUUAUAGACAGCUUCUUCCCAAACGGUGAAUCUCGAGUGGAUUUCGCAGGCUUUGCCAGGGUCCUGGCUCACUUUCGACCUGUAGAUGAAGAAGAUGCAACAAUCCGAGACCCCAAGCAACCUGAACCCCUAAACAGCAGAAUGAACAAACUUCGCUUUGCAUUUCAGCUCUAUGAUCUGGAUCGGGAUGGGAAGAUCUCCAGGAAUGAAAUGCUACAGGUUCUCCGGCUGAUGGUUGGGGUUCAGGUGACAGAUGAGCAGUUGGAGAGCAUCACAGACCGCACAGUGCAGGAAGCUGAUGAAGAUGGUGAUGGGGCAGUGUCCUUCAUGGAGUUCACUAAGUCCUUAGAGAAGAUGAACAUCGAACAAAAAAUGAGCAUCCGGAUCCUGAAGUGACCCCUGUGCCUUUGGCCCAUGCAAACCUCUAUGGGCUUGGAAUUUAUCCUCAGGCCACCCUCCACCCCCCGGAGGCAGGAUCACCAUAAGCCAUAUUCUU